GGCUCUGAGAUGAGUGUCAGGCCCGAGCAGGCACACCAUGAAUAGAUACACAACAAUCAAGCAACUCGGGGAUGGAACCUAUGGUUCCGUCCUGCUGGGAAGAAGCAUCGAGUCGGGGGAACUGAUUGCUAUUAAAAAAAUGAAAAGAAAGUUUUAUUCCUGGGAGGAAUGCAUGAACCUUCGGGAGGUUAAGUCUUUAAAGAAGCUCAAUCAUGCCAAUGUAGUAAAAUUAAAAGAAGUUAUCAGGGAAAAUGAUCAUCUUUAUUUCAUCUUCGAGUACAUGAAGGAGAAUCUUUACCAGCUCAUUAAAGAAAGAAAUAAGUUGUUUCCUGAGUCUGCUAUAAGGAAUAUCAUGUAUCAGAUAUUGCAAGGACUUGCAUUUAUUCACAAACAUGGCUUCUUCCAUCGGGACUUAAAGCCUGAGAACCUGCUCUGCAUGGGACCAGAACUUGUGAAAAUUGCAGACUUUGGGCUGGCCCGAGAAAUCCGAUCAAGACCUCCAUACACAGACUAUGUGUCUACCAGAUGGUAUCGGGCUCCAGAGGUGCUCCUGAGGUCCACCAGCUACAGCUCCCCCAUUGACAUCUGGGCCGUGGGCUGCAUCAUGGCAGAAGUGUACACCCUCCGGCCACUCUUCCCGGGGGCCAGUGAAAUUGACACAAUCUUCAAAAUUUGCCAGGUGUUGGGGACACCAAAAAAGACCGACUGGCCUGAAGGCUACCAACUUUCAAGUGCAAUGAGCUUCCGCUGGCCCCAGUGCAUGCCCAGUAACUUAAAGACCCUGAUCCCAAAUGCUAGCAGCGAAGCAAUUCAGCUCCUGAGAGACAUGCUUCAGUGGGAUCCCAAGAAACGGCCAACAGCUAGUCAGGCACUUCGAUAUCCUUACUUCCAAGUUGGGUACCCUCUGGGCUGCACCACACAGAGCCUUCAGGUAGGGAAACCACAGAAAGACAUCCUGGAAAAGGCAGGCCCACCUCCUCACAUUAAGCCAGUCCCUCCUGCCCAGCCUCCAGCCAAGCCACAAACGCGGAUUUCUUCGAGACAACGUCAAGCCAGCCAGCCCCCUCCACAUCUCACGUACCCCUACAAAGCCGAGGCUCCCAGGACAGAUCAUCCGAGCCAUCUUCCAGAGGACAAGCCAAGCCCAUUGCUCUUCCCAUCCCUCCACACCAAGAAUCCUCAGUCGAAAAUCCUCACUGGCCUGGAUCACAAAAACAAUGAGAUCAAGCCAAAGAGUAGGAGAAGGUGGGGACUGGUUUCCAGGUCAACAAAGGAUUCUGAUGAUUGGGCGGACUUGGAGGACUUGGAUUUCGGUCCAUCCUUCACCAGGAUUGACCUGAAAAACAAGAAAAGACAGAGCGAUGAGACUCUGUGCAGAUUUGAGAGUGUUUUGGACCUGAAGCCCUCGGAGCCUGUGGGUACUGGAAGUAGUGCCCCCACCCAGACGUCGUAUCAGAGGCGAGACACCCCGACCCUGAGGUCUGCCGCCAAGCAGCACUACUUGAAGCACUCCCGAUACUUGCCUGGAAUAAAUAUAAGAAAUGGCGUACUCCCAAAUCCAGGCAAGGAUUUUAUUCCAUCCAAUCCAUGGUCUAGUUCAGGUUUGUCUGGCAAAUCUUCAGGAACAGUAUCUGUCAUCAGCAAAAUAAAUUCAGUUGGUUCCAGCUCUACGAGUUCUAGUGGACUGACUGGAAACUAUAUCCCUUCCUUCCUGAAAAAAGAAAUUGGUUCUGCUAUGCAGAGGGUACACUUGGCACCUAUUCCAGACCCUUCCCCUGGUUAUUCUUCCCUGAAAGCUGUGAGACCUCAUCCCGGGCGACCUUUUUUCCACACCCAGCCUAGAAGCACUGCUGGGUUGGUACCACGGCCUCCCGCCGCUCAGCCAGUGCAUGGCCGGACAGACUGGGCUUCCAAGUAUGCGUCUCGGCGAUGACGGUUAUGGAGCCCUUCGUGGGGGAGAGCAGGAGACUGUCUGUUGGCCAACUGGUAUUCUACCUGCGAGAAACUCUUGGAUGGUGUAAAAGCAAGCAGACACUUUUAUAGUUAUUCUUCUGAACUAAGACAUUUCAAUCUUCUUUUUUAAAGUUUUUUUUUAAAUAUUAAUUUGAAAUGCAAUACCCUUUUUUUUUGGUACAAAUUAUUUUAUUCUAAAACUGGGUCCCAGUAUUUUCUUAAACAGUAGCAUUUUGUAUAUAUGGGUUAUGUUUUAGCAUUUUAUACAGUCGAGUUUGUAAUGAAGUUUUUAAAGAUUAAUUGCUCUUCCUUUGGGGUUCCAGAUAAUAUUUUAUACAGAUUUUUAAAAUUGUAAUAAUACUGAUGCAGUAUUGCAACAGGGGUGCAAUGUAAGGCUACAUGAUGAAGAGUUAUUUACUCAAGGUGUGCAGAUAUUUGUGAAAUGGUUAAAUUUUAAAUGUGGGACAUUAGGUACUUCAGGUUUUCUUGGAUUGACAUCGGCCCUGGAAAAAUGAUGUGCUUUUUUUUUUUACAUUACUGAUUUGGUUUUUAAUACCACUGUGCUGUUCUACAAGUACUAUUAUGUAAUUCAUUUUGUUUUAUUGUCGUUCCCCAGAUGAAAGACCUCUAAGUAAAUUUGUUUUGCAUUUACAAUACCCUUUAUGGUAGUUGGGGAUAUCCAAAUGGAACCAAGCUUUAUUAUGCUAUGCCAUCACAUUCUAUUUUCUCCCAAUUAAAAAAAUCAAAUUGUAUGAGUACCUACAAAAGGGAAGCUUUUCAAGCCAAAAUGUUGUCAACAUACGGGUUAACUGAAUCAAUUAAUCUUACAUCGCCGCCAAGAUGCAUGACUGAAAAGCUAAGUUUCAAAGCAGCAGAAGGUUUAUUAUUAUAAUAACUGAUAGAAUUUUGCAUUCAGCUCAGUUCUCCAGGCCUGGCUAGGAAUCAUGAAUAAUCUUCUGUCCUAGCCAAAUUCUCAGGGCACUUUGGGGAGCAGUAAAGAUGUAUGUAUGCAGAGGUCCACUUACCUGGGAAGUCCCAGGUACCGUGAUGUUAGUGUCCAUAGUAUGCCACAUUUGAACUCUUACCCCUUGUGUAGUUCCUUCCGACAGUGAGGAUUCUAUUUGGGCAGAGGCUGUUCCAUUGAGAGGUAUGUUUACAGCAACUUUGAAAGUGACAAAGCUAGUUUGGAAACAGAAAAAGACAAAAGGUCCACUCCCAUCCAUCUCUGUAGGGUACACUUGCCUCCAUUCGUAGUCACCUGAAAAGCAAGAGGGAAGGUCAUUGCCAGGGCUCGUCUCUCACUGGGUGCCAGGUGCCAGGAUAUAUAGCAAGUUAAGGGAUAUGAAAUUAUCAUUUCUGUAGGUUAAAAUGAUAGGGUAAAGUGAACAUUGGUACUCUGAUAUGGUUCAGCCUAAUAAGUUGGUAAGUUAUUGCUUUGAUGUGUUAAUACCCUGCAGCUGAACAAAUGGCCGUGGCUCCCAGGGAGUAAUUUCUGCUUUGGAGAAUCUGGCUCAAAAAUGUACUUGACAAAGCACAGUGAUCCCUGGAGGCAUGAGAAAAGUACAUGAUGGAUGUGGAUUUGAUAAGUAAUACUUUCCUGUUAACAAACUGGUGGCAAAGCUUCAAAAAAUAAAUACGUGUAUGUAAGUGCAACUUGAAGCUGCAUUAAUUUCUGUAUUAUAUUCUCAACUCGUUACCUAAAGCAACAGAAAAUGUGUUUUCAGAGAUGAGUCUUUUACUGAGGUUAAUAUUUAUUUUCCCUUUCUGUAUAAUGUAUAAAGAGUAAAUUAAUCCAUAACCUUAGCCAGCUUGCUGGAAAGUUGGUUUUAAAUUGUAAAUACUACUUAGAGAAGAAAUGGAUUGUGAAUACCAUAUUCUCGGCAUUCUAGCUUGUGUCGAGGCCAUUAUGUUAUUGUUUUUAAUUGAAAAACCUAGUUAACAGGUUAUUACACAUUAUAAAAUUGUUUUUCUAAUACUUUUAUAGGGUCCAAGUUCAGAAAAUAUUCCAGUUUUCUUCUUCUUCUUUCCUUUGCUUAUCAGCAAACAACUUCCCUUGGGAAGCCAAACACAUUUAUUCAUAUGAAAGUCAAGCUGAUGCAGAGCUGAGAAAACUAGAAGACUGAGAAACAAUGUAAAUUCUAAAGACCUAGUAAAAUCCUACAAGAUACUGUUUUUCCCCCCACAAUGGGUAAAGGGCAAAUUGUGUAUAUAAGCUGAUUACUAUAGAAGGAAAUAGUGACCAUGUUUUAUUAAGUGAAAAUAAAAUGGUACCUUUGCAUAUAUUUUUUAGUUACUAUAGAAUCAUAAAAUGUAUUGCAAGACACCAAGAGGAAUGAUGAGUUGAACUGUACCUAUCCAUGACUAUACCUCAUUUCCAGUCCAAAAGCUUUCUGGGACACCAGGACAUGGUACAGGGAUGGCUCUCAUUUGGUGCCCAAAGGUUCAGUGACAGAAGUGUGCCAAUGGGUUUGUGUAUAAACUGCAGGGCAGACUGCCUGGGCAUAAAAGUUACUUUUGGUAUGACCAUUCAUUUUACAGUAAAAUUCCAUUAAUUACUAAGCCCUCACCCAGCUCAUGUAUUACAGGAUUUAAGUAGGAAGAAAAUUGAUUUUCAAACAAUAUUUUUAGACAUAUCGCUUGCCUGAAACGACUAUAGGCAUCUAAUAAGUUGACGCUAUGUCAUUUUCUGCUACUGGAGUUAUCAAAAAUUGAGUAUAAUCAAGGCUAUACAUGUAAAGCAAAAUAAGAAUAGUUUUUGUUUUUAAAUGCAGGUAUCGGUACAGUUGGGGUUCAGGGUAUUUCCCUGCCAUCUAACCAGUUUUGUGCCAUUUAGGAGAGAAAAAGAGUGCAGGCUCUAUGUUUCAGCUCUGUGUAUAACCAAAAGCAAUAUGUUUCUAAGAAAAUGUUGGGCAUACUAAUUAUGUUAUAUCAUUUAAAGCAUACUGUAGCAAAUUGUUUGUUUAAUAUAUGUGGUUAAUUUUUAGAACUUUUUUUACAAUUUCCAACCAAAGGACUGUAUUUUAUAUAAUUUAUUUCAAGGACCUUCUCAUGGAAACUGUUAAGACAAACUGGAGGAAAAGCUAUCACAUUAAUUUGUAUUAUCAAUUUCUUACAGACACUGUGCUAAUGUGAAUUUAAAUGACCUGAACAGUCUUUUGAUCUCUGAAACCUCACUACUGACAGCAGUUUGGUCACCUGAUUUGAUUACAGGGGAAUAACAGAAUAUAUUUAUUUAAGAAGCAAAUAUUCAUAAUGAUGAGAAGAUAGAAGGACAAAAAAACCACUUACACAAGCCCUUUCUGAAAUAAAAUGUUGCUUUUUGAAUAGUUUGUCCUACGGUGUUUAAAAAUGUCUACUUUACAUAAGAAAAAUUCUGCUCCAAAUAAAGUUACAGUUUAAGAAA